ACCAAGAUGGCGGCGUGCAUACCGCUGUCUGUAAAGAUGUCACCCUCAACGCUAGUGGGUUUUAGUUAUGUUUUGAGGGAGCAACUUUGUUCCAGACAACGGUUAAAACCUUUGACAGAGCUCUGCAGACAAGGUUAUUCGGUGGCAGCGGGACAGACGGCGGAGGACAGCAGCGCUGCUGGGUUCAGCGGUCCCCUGGAUCACUACAACGGGCUGAUCGGAGGCGGGAGCCUGCGAGAGGAUGAGCAUCAGAAAGAGGUGCUACAGAGACUGGACCAGCUGCACAAAACCCUGAGAGGAUACAGCAACGCACCCACAUCCAUCUUUUCCAUGUUUUUUACAAAACCAAAGCCUCCAAAAGGUUACUACAUCUAUGGCGAUGUAGGCACAGGGAAAACUAUGGUGAUGGACUUGUUUUAUUCACAUGUGGAGACUGAAAAGAAAAAGAGGGUUCAUUUUCACGGUUUCAUGCUGGACGUGCACAAAAGGAUCCAUCGGCUCAAACAGAGCAUGCCCAAAAGGAAAGCAGGGAAAAUGGCCAAAUCUUAUGACCCCAUUGCUCCAGUUGCUGAGGAGAUCAGUGAGGAGGCUUGUCUGUUGUGCUUCGAUGAGUUUCAGGUCACUGACAUCGCUGACGCCAUGAUUCUCAAGCAGCUUUUUGAGAACCUGUUUCUUAAAGGUGUUGUUGUCGUGGCCACCUCUAAUCGCCCCCCUGAAGACUUGUAUAAAAACGGACUCCAGAGAGUCAACUUUGUGCCUUUUAUUGCCGUGUUGCAGAAAUAUUGCCAAACUCUUCCCCUGGAUUCUGGGAUUGACUAUCGCAAACAGAACAAGCCUUCUGCUGGGAAACUCUACUUUCUCUCCAGUGAGCCAGAUGUAGAAGCAACUAUAGAUAAGAUGUUUGACGAGUUGGCUUUUAAACAGAAUGACAUCACACGACCAAGAGUUUUAAAUGUUCACAAUAGAAAAGUCCGUCUGAACAAAGCGUGUGGGACCAUCGCAGACUGUACGUUUGACGAGCUUUGUGACAGACCUUUAGGAGCCAGCGACUACCUGGAAAUGUCCAAGCUGUUUGACACCAUCUUCAUUCGACACAUUCCUCUGCUGACACUUAACAAGAAAACUCAAGCCCGGCGGCUCAUUACUCUCAUAGACACCCUCUACGACCAUAAGGUUCGGGUGGUGAUUCUCGCAGAUCACCCGCUGGAGGAUAUUUUUGUCCAUGAUGGGGAUCACAGUCACGAUGAGAGCCACAUCCUGAUGGAUGAUCUGGGGCUGAAAAGGGAAGAGGCCAGCAGUCUGUCCAUCUUCAGCGGGGAAGAGGAGAAAUUUGCCUUCCAGCGGACAAUUUCUCGACUCACAGAGAUGCAGACAGAAGAGUAUUGGUUAGAGGGGGACAGAAGCUCAAAACCUUAGGCGUAACCCUUGGAAAGACGACCACACUACUCCAUGAACUGUAUUUAUACCUGCCAAAAACACCCUAAAAUAAGCACUACUCAUACUCAAACUGGACAAAGCCAACGGGACUGCUCAGCAGUUAAUGUGCAAAUAUUGUACAUAUAAUAAGUAUUGGCAUCUAAGGACCUUUUAUCAUUUUACUGUAACUGCACCUUAUGGAUGGAUUUUAAGAUGAACUCUGGGGUGUCAUAUUGUUUUUAAGUCGGUGUCAUAAUGAGGUCCAAUGUGGAAAUCUGAUGGACAACUUUUGGAAUUGGAGACCUAGAAGAUUUUUUGGAGAUUCAAGGCAUGGAUUAGUCAGAUCUGUUUUUAACAGAGGAAAUGAUAUGGGAAAAAUCAUUUUAAUGAGAUGUAAAUGAUUUUCAAAAAUCUUUGGGAUUAACGGUGAUUUCUGUUCAUGCUGCUUGUCAGAGACUGGUCAUUUACAUCUGACCUGAUUCUAAAGUUGCUUCAGUUUUCUGAAAAGAUGAAAUAUAAAUACAUCCAUAUCUUAAUAUAUGCUUUAUAUAUUUUAUAUUUAUUUAUUUAUAUUACUUCCAAUGAUGCUCUUUUGUAGCUGCCUACACAAUCGAAACACUUGUUCGUUGAUAUUUGUUUGCAUUUAAACAGGGUGAUAUGCUUAAGCUUGGAAAACAAAGAGCACUGCGUGGGAAGUGAAAGUGAGAAAACACUUUUAAGUUUAAUCUCCCGCACACAGAACGAAGCUGUGGUGCAAACAGACAGCUGGUGGUAUUAUUUUAAAUUAAAUGUAUUAUCACUGAACAUUCAAAACAGACAUAUUAGAGAGAAACAGUGUUGUGACAAGAGCAUUUUUUUGGAGGUAGUUUUUUUCUGUUUCAAGCCUCUGGAAAUUCCUCCAUGAAUGAAAAUGCAGGAGGUCCACUUCAAGAUGCAAACCAAAGGUAACAUAUUAACAUAAAGAUCUAACAUUGGCCUGUGUCACACUUUGUGGGAAGAGAAGAGCGUGAACAGGCUAUGUUGUGGCUCAUAUCAGAAAUGUAUAAUAUGCCAAACAUGAUGGAGACAGUAUUAUGGUAUGGCUGCUAACACAUCUAGGUCACUGUUGCUUACUGAUGCGUCUGCUGAUAAAGGGGUGAAAUCUAAAGCGGUUCAAAGAAAAGAGGUGAUGACUAAACGUGCCGUGAAACUGAAUGAGGAGCCUCUGUGGAUGAUGAAACUGUUUUAUACAUAAUUAUGCAAAUUUCUAAAGGUUUUGUGCACAUAUUUUCUUUCUGUUAAAGUUUUGAUUUUACAGUUUUAUUUUCUUCUAUACAUUUUUAAAUGCUGGUUCAGGGUCUGUACAUCGUUGCAGUUCUGAAUUUUCUACAUUUGCUCUUCUGCAGACAUUUUUUUAUUUACUUUUUGAUUAGUACAUUUUAGAAUGAGAAUGUGAUAAUCAUGUACCCCAAAGGGAAACUGGUGUUUCAGAUGUAAGAAAAUAAUAUACAAUUUGCAUAAAAUUUAAAAAAGAAAUGAGACCACAUAAAAGGCAGAUCCAUUAUGUUUUACAGAAAUUCACUGGGAGAGUAAUUCUACAGAUUGCAGCAGACCUGAAGAAGCCUCUGACUGAAGGCACAAUGCUGCCUUUUUUUUAAACGUGUAGAGGUUAUAUGGUGUUGUUCAUAACAAUUUAUUAUUAUUAUUAUUUUAUAUCUAUCACUUUGCUCAGUUUAUUCCAGUCUGUGCCUCUGAUGCAGCAGAUCAAACUGGGUGCAAAAGGAAACACUGCACUACAAGCUAAUUUGAGCAUCGCAGCAAUGCAGCAUCUUGAGCUUCCUCAAAAAGUAGUCUAUUUUUCCUUUAUAGACAGCCACAGUAUAUUGCAUUUUGAGUACAUGCAAGCACCCAGGUAUCUAUAGUCCACUUUUAUCCCCGAAUAAAAAUAUGUUUGCUUUAUUUCCAGUCUUCGACAGUUCUCGCCUUUUUUCUUCUUCAACUUCAGGAUGUAAUGACUGUCCCACACCAUGCCAUAGAACGGUCAAUCCCUCUUCUCGGCUUUCUGUCCGCCACUGACACGCCCCACAACUGCAGAGUCCUCGGAGUAUUUCUGCAGAUGUUGAGGCUUAACCUUGCACAGAAAGCCAGAUGUGUACAGGGGGCCCACCUGGUCAGGUAAAGAAAAGGAUGUAUACAGGACUAGAAGCAUGU